AUGUCUCUGCCAAAAUCAUCAAAAUUAAAAUCGGAUGUUGAUCAACUCGAUGAUCUUGUUAAAGAUUUACUUAUCGAAGUAAAUCGUCCGAUUGAUACAAACACAAAUAAUCGUACUAGUACUACUACUACUAAUAAUAAUAACAAUAACAAUAAUAAAACGUCGACAUCAUCUUCCUCAUAUUCUUAUCAUCGUCGUUCAAAUAAUAAUAAUAAUGAUAAUAAUACUACUACUAAUAAUAAUGAAAAUUUAACUUCAAAAUUACCAUCAUCUAUGCGAGCUUCAUCAUAUACACAAGCAUCAACAUUAAAUAAUCAGAAACGUAAUGAUUUUGAUGCUAAUACAGUUAGCGGCCUAAUUGAUGGUUCAUCAUUAUCAUCGAAUGGUGUACAACGUGAAGAACAACGUUCGAAAAUAACACGUGAAGAACGUAUACGUAUAAGACGUGGUGGUGGCGGCGGCGGUGGUGGUACUAGUACUACGACUACUGGUGGUACUGGUGGUAUAGAUAUACCUGUAACAAGUUCAUCGUCAACGACAACAACAACAACUACUACGAAACCAGCUCAAAGAUCAGCAUCACGUGAUCAAUUAUCUAUUGAUGAACAACUUAUUGAUUCAUUAUUAGAAAGUGUUCAAAAUACAUUAAAAAAACGUUCACAACAACAGCAAACACAGCGAACAGCAUGGACAACUGAUAUACCAAUUCAUCAGCCACAUGCAGGAAAUAAUCGUCGAACAUAUAGUUCAAGUGCAGCUUAUACAGACUCAAUACAUCGUAUGGAUCCAAAUCGAGGACGAUUUCCAAUAAAAUUAAUUCGAACUGAUAGUCCAACAAGUACAUUAUCAUCAAGGAGACCUUAUAGUCGACAAGAUAAUCGAGAUGGUUAUGUAACAACAGUUACUUCGGCAUCAACUACAGCCAUUCCGACACAUUUUCGUGCAGCGUCUGAACCACCACCAGAUGGACCCAUUGAAUUGCGUCGUAUGGAUUUAGUUCGUUCACCUUCACGUACAUAUCUUGAUGGACAUCCUCCACCAGAAUAUUAUCCUUAUGCUCGUUCAACGUUACCAUCAGGUGGUCUACGUGUACGUGGUCAUGAUUAUUCAGGAUAUGAAACUGAUACAGGCGUUGUAACAGCUCGUGGUUAUGGUCCAAGAUAUUAUGGAGGCCCUUCUCCUGGGCCACCACCACCACCAAUUCAUGGACCAGGACCUAUGCAUUAUCCAUAUUAUCCUCAACAACCGAUGCAUUUUGUACGUGAUCGUCAUCAUGAAAGUUAUACAGGAGGUAGUACUAAUGGAAGUCAUCGUUCAAUGUUACGUCCAGAUGGUUACGAUACUGAUACAGGUUUAAUUAGUAGUGGUCGAUUGCGUAUGACACGUACAUUACCACCACGUAUGGCAGCCAUACCAGAAACAUUAGUUGUUAAUAAUCGAAUGGUUUCAUCAUCAAAUUUAAAUACUGUACCAACAAAUUUACGUGGUAGUUCUUUUCUUAAUGAAUCAAAUACAAAUACAUUACGUAGUCGAGCAGAACACAUUGGAGGAUAUGAAACUGAUUCAGGUAUGAAUAUAAGACAACAAAAUUAUAAUCGUCGACAAGUACCAAUUGAUAUUCAAUAUGGUGAUAGUGGAUGGGUUGGAAAACAAUCAAUGGGAAGACCUGUAUCACAACAACAACAACAAAGAUUUGUUGAUAACAGUCAACGUUAUCGUUCACAAGAUCAAUUACGUUCAACAUCAAUACCUGUUUUUAGUCAUGAUUCAGCAGCAACAAUAUCACGUUUACCUGAACAACAUGUAGCAACAGCAACUAAAGUUCAACAAAAAAGGACGAUAAAUACAAUCCCAUCAUCAACAAUAGAAGCUAGACACCAAUUAGAAACAAUGCAUAAUGAUUUAUCAAUAUUACCAAGUCUUUUUCCAGGUUCAGUUGGUUUAUCGAAUCCACCAAGUAAUAAUAGACCACAAAUCCCACCGUCACCAGAAUUGAAAAGAAAAUUUUCUGCUGAAAAUAGUAUUCAAAAAUCAAAUCGAACACAAUAUACAAUUAAUGAAAAUACGAUACCAUCUGUAUCGAAUAUAUCGAAACCACAAAUAUUUUCGACUACAACACAUAUUAUACCGAACAUUAAUCAAGACCGAAUUGAUAAUCAAAUACAUACAAAAGCACCACCAACACCUACUUUUCCAGUCACUAAUCAGUCUUAUAAUCAAUCACGUUCAGGCAAUAGUUCAUCUCGAAAUCAAGAAGAAACUUCUAGACGAUCAAGUGCAUCUUCCGCUACAGAAACUGAUGUACAUCGUAAUGGUGCUUAUCAAGCACAUAAUGUUAGUCAAUUUUGGUAUAAAGAAAAAAUGUCACGUGAAGAUGCAAUCAAUUUACUUAAAGCAAAACCACCAGGAACAUUUCUUAUUCGAGAUAGUCAAGGUUUUCCUGGUUCUUAUGGUCUUGCAGUUAAAGUUGAAACAUUACCAUUCGGUAUUCAACCAAAACAAGGUGCUGAUCCAAAUGCUGAACUUGUUCGACAUUAUCUUAUUGAACGAACACCAACUGGACAUGUUCGAUUGAAAGGAUGUCAAAAUGAACCAGAUUUUGUUAAUCUAUCAGCGUUAGUCUAUCAACAUUCGAUAACACCACUUGCUUUACCAACAAAAUUAGUUUUACCAGUUACUGAUAUAACUGAAGAAUAUCGUACAAUGUCGGCAAAUCAACAACAACAUGAUGCAAAUAAAAAGUUAUCUGUAAAAGAUUUACUUGAAAAAGGAGCUGCUUGUAAUGUUGUUUAUUUAAAUAAUGUUGAUGUUGAAUCUCUAUCUGGUCAAAUGGCAUUAAAUAAAGCUUUACGUUCUACAUUUGAUAAUGCUGAUCGUUUACAAGCAACUGUUGUUCAUUUUAAAGUUUCAAGUACUGGUAUAACAUUAACUGAUACGAAGAAAAAAUUAUUUUCACGACGUCAUUUUCCGAAAGAAUAUGUGACAUAUUGUGGAGUUGAUUAUGAAACAGAUCGUUUUUGGACACAUCAAUUAUCUGAUCUUGAUAUGUUACCACGAGCAAAAUGUUUUGGUUUUGUUUCAAAGAAAAUUAAUGGAAAUAAUAAUCGAUCGGCACAGCCAGAAAAUGAAUGUCAUAUAUUUGCUGAAAUCGAUCGAACACAACCAUCAACAGCGAUUGUUAAUUUUGUAUCAAAAGUUAUGAUUGGAAGUGUACCUGUUUAA